UUCGCGCAGUAACAAAUGAAGUGCGCGCUGCGACACCUCCUAGCUCGCCAGGCUCGUCCGCCAUUUCUUCGCCUGGCCUAACGGUCCGGCCAAUCCCAGCGUGCAUCGAGAAGGGCUAAGGCUCCGCCAAUCGGAGGCCGCCGAUUCCGACCCCCUUGCCUCGGCUCGGCCCAAUCCAGGCCUCGGACCCGUCGCCCCCGGCCCGCCCCCGCGGCGCCCUCUCUCCUCCCUCUUUGUGCGUCUCGCGCCGCCGCCGCCCGCCGCGUGAGAGGACGGGUUCCGCGCGCUCCGCGGCAGCGCAGUCGGGUCCCCUCCCCCCGGAAGGUUCGCGAAGAAGCCGUCGCCGCCGCCGCCACCUAAAAGGAGCCACCGGUGCCGGUCCCCGGGGGCACCAUGGCGACCGGAGCGAACGCCACGCCGCUGGACUUCCCAAGUAAGAAGCGGAAGAGGAGCCGAUGGAACCAAGAUACGAUGGAACAGAAGACGGUGAUUCCAGGAAUGCCUACGGUUAUCCCCCCCGGACUUACUCGGGAACAAGAAAGAGCUUAUAUAGUGCAACUGCAGAUAGAAGACCUGACUCGUAAACUGCGCACAGGAGACCUGGGCAUCCCCCCUAACCCUGAGGACAGGUCCCCUUCCCCUGAGCCCAUCUACAAUAGCGAGGGGAAGCGGCUUAACACCCGCGAGUUCCGCACCCGCAAAAAGCUCGAAGAGGAGCGGCACAACCUCAUCACGGAGAUGGUUGCCCUCAACCCUGAUUUCAAGCCGCCUGCAGAUUACAAACCUCCAGCAACACGGGUGAGCGAUAAAGUAAUGAUUCCACAAGAUGAGUAUCCAGAAAUCAACUUUGUGGGGCUGCUGAUUGGGCCCAGAGGGAACACCUUGAAGAACAUCGAGAAGGAAUGUAACGCCAAGAUUAUGAUUCGGGGAAAAGGGUCUGUCAAAGAAGGGAAGGUUGGGCGCAAAGAUGGCCAGAUGUUGCCUGGAGAAGAUGAACCACUUCAUGCCCUGGUUACCGCCAACACCAUGGAGAAUGUGAAGAAAGCUGUGGAACAGAUAAGAAACAUCCUGAAGCAGGGUAUUGAGACCCCCGAGGACCAGAAUGAUCUACGGAAGAUGCAGCUUCGGGAGUUGGCCCGUUUGAAUGGGACCCUUCGAGAAGAUGAUAACAGGAUCUUAAGACCUUGGCAGAGCUCAGAGACCCGCAGCAUUACCAAUACCACAGUGUGUACCAAGUGUGGAGGGGCUGGCCAUAUUGCUUCCGAUUGUAAAUUCCAAAGGCCUGGUGACCCCCAGUCAGCUCAGGAUAAAGCACGGAUGGAUAAAGAGUAUUUGUCCCUCAUGGCUGAACUGGGCGAAGCCCCUGUGCCAGCAUCCGUGGGCUCCACCUCUGGGCCUGCCACCACGCCCCUGGCCAGUGCGCCUCGGCCUGCUGCUCCUGCCAACAACCCACCUCCCCCGUCUCUCAUGUCCACCACCCAGAGCCGCCCACCCUGGAUGAAUUCGGGCCCUUCAGAGAGUCGGCCCUACCACGGCAUGCACGGAGGUGGUCCUGGUGGGCCCGGAGGUGGCCCCCACAGCUUCCCACACCCGUUACCCAGCCUGACAGGUGGGCACGGUGGACAUCCCAUGCAGCACAACCCUAAUGGACCCCCACCCCCUUGGAUGCAGCCGCCACCACCACCGAUGAACCAGGGCCCCCACCCACCUGGGCAUCAUGGCCCUCCUCCAAUGGGUAAAUCAGUACCUGGGAAGUACGCCUGUGGGCUCUGGGGUCUAUCGCCUGCAUCAAGGAAAAGGUAUGAUGCCACCGCCGCCUAUGGGCAUGAUGCCGCCGCCGCCGCCGCCUCCCAGUGGGCAGCCCCCGCCCCCUCCCUCUGGCCCUCUUCCCCCAUGGCAGCAGCAGCAGCAGCAGCCUCCGCCACCCCCUCCGCCCAGCAGCAGUAUGGCUUCCAGUACCCCCUUGCCAUGGCAGCAAAAUACGACGACUACCACCACGAGCGCUGGCACAGGGUCCAUCCCGCCAUGGCAACAGCAGCAGGCGGCUGCCGCAGCUUCUCCAGGAGCCCCUCAGAUGCAAGGCAACCCCACUAUGGUGCCCCUGCCCCCCGGGGUCCAGCCGCCUCUGCCGCCCGGGGCCCCUCCCCCUCCGCCGCCUCCGCCGCCUGGUUCCGCCGGCAUGAUGAUCCCUCCCCGCGGCGGCGAUGGCCCGAGCCAUGAGAGUGAGGACUUUCCGCGCCCAUUGGUGACCCUUCCAGGCAGACAGCCUCAGCAGCGCCCCUGGUGGACAGGAUGGUUCGGCAAAGCAGCCUGAGUUAUUUUUGUGGACGGAAUCGGAACACGCUGGCUCCAUAUCGUGAAAUUUUUAUUAAUUUUUUUCUUUUUCCUUUGUUAUUUCCUGAUCUCUUCCUUUCUUCAGACUCCGUCCAAGGAGAUGCUCUUCCCCGAUCUUCUGCUGCAAUUAGAUUCCUUUCCUUUUUCUCCGUUCCUUGUUCUUCUCUUCCUAAGGAGAGGAGGGAGCAAAUGGUUUUAGGCGCAAGCUUUAGCCAUUGAUGUCAGGCUAGUUGCGGGGGUGGGGCGGGAGGGGGGGGUUCUUUGGUUCUAAAAUUUUCAAGGUUGCCAUGACCACCCCAGAGACUUUUUUUUUUUGUUCUUUCUGUAGUGUGAGAUUUUUGUCUUUGCCACCUUUGUAGAGAAGUGGGUUCAUUUCCAGGUUCUGGGUCGACACCUAUCCCGGCACCCCUGCCAGCGUUAGGUGGGGCCACCCAAGCCACGUUGGGCUCGUCUGCCACCCUGGAGAGUCCUUUCCAUGCUCCCUGAGCAUCUAAGCUGCCUCAGAUUCCAUUUGUUCCUCUCCUUCCUGGAAGGUUUCCUUUUAAAUUUUAUUUUAAUCCCAAACGUCUGAAUGUUUUGCAGUGUCUAAGGGUUUGAGCCCCUCGUUUUUCGUUCUACUUCCUUUUUCCUCCCCUUCCCUCUUCAUGGAGUGAUUAUGUUGACAAUAAUGUAUAACGCGCGUUCUCUUCACUGGUUUAUCUGCAGAAAUUUCUCUGGGCUUUUUUUUCGGUGUAUGAUUCAACACUGCGUUAAAGGGGGGUGUUCCAUUGAAUAAAAGAGCAGUGUGGUUUUC